UGUUAGCAGGCGAAUGCGGGGUUAACCUGACGCCAAGAGAAAGCCAAUCUCGAGCUCGCUGGCCAUGCGUCAGUAGCAUGAGGAGCUUUGUGACAGCAAGUUGACAAGAGCAUCAUCUUCCAGGUGUAGCAGCUACUCAAACGAACACAAAACCUCAGACGUCUUAGCAUGUACUAGUUUCACAAAUAUCGGGCCAAAACAAACAAAUCAAUUCGGUAAUAAUAAAAUUUGUUAAAAACGUCAAAAAUUAUUUAUGAGCAAAGAGAAAGAGAAAAAUGUCUGAAAGAAAACACCAUUUUCACAUCACGAGGAAACUGAUGUCCUUAUGCACUGUUAUGUACGUGUUCAUGAUGUGGAGCAUGCUCCAGGUGGCGUUAGCACACAGAAAAGCUGGUCUUACAAACUUUCAAGGAAAACCAAAAUACCUUUUACUACCCCCUACCUCCAAGCUAAAACACUCACAGGACUUAGCGGAGGAACCAGGUAUGAAGUAUCAGUCUCGGCUGUUUACAGCGGAAGUCAACGGGUAUCUGCGCCAAAGAAAAUAGUAAACACUAAAACUACUAGCAUGGGAAACUUUGCUAUGGAUGAUGGAGACAAGUAUGAAGUGAAGCCCAAGGAACUAGAAUGUAACUGCAGCGAACCAGGUAUGGUAGCAUGUACAAGGAUGCACGAGACCAUUGAAUGCACGUGCUACCCUGGUUACACCGGAAGGUGGUGUGAGAGUUGUUCAUCGGGACACUAUCGUGACGAGAAGGAGUGCAAACCGUGCCCUUGUGUCAAUGUUACGUCAUCGGGAAAUUGCACAUUAGACAAGGCAGGGGAGGUCACGUGCACAUCAUGUCUACUAGGACACCGGGGUUUGCUCUGUGAUGCUUGUAUGACAGGAUACCACUGGCAAGAAGACCAAUGUGUACCUUUGAAUUGUCUGAGUUUCAGUGUUUGUGCUGAACAACAGGACGACCCUGACUGUUCAGACUGCAUCUUUUUGACGAGAAGCCUGACGCCCCCUACUGCACAGAAGGGCUUUGCCCCCACAAUUGCAGAUGGAACCAUACCGUUGAUCGCCGUGAUUGUCACUCUGGGAGUAAUUUUAUUGGUUGCAGGCACUGCUACAUGUUACCGAUAUUGGUCCUAUCGACGGAGUAGACCACGCCUUCCAUUCUGGAGUAUCGAGCUUCGUGAGGAAAAACUGAAUCUUAGCUCUGAAUACCAAUACCAACAUUUGGACGCUGCCACUAGUAAAGACAUACAAGCCAUAACUACUGAUGACGUCGAACCUGACAAUCUUGUCACUCCACAACCGAGUCUCACGUCGUUUCAGAAAUGUUAUAAAACUAUGGAUAUUUGAGAUAUAUUCUAUAUUUCAAAAUGGUGGUAAGUUUGUUUGUUUUUUUCAGCGCUUUUCGAAAUAUUUUAAACUCCUAUAAUUUAAUGAAAUAUAAGUGACAUGAUUUUCUAUGAUUUAUGGUACAACUCGUUGGGACAAAAAUAUUUACUCGUGGAAUAAGUUACGACACCAAUUACUAAAUCAAUAAAGAUUUCUUCCUAAAAUUCACUGUAACGUCAAUUGACAAAUGAUAAAACUCCACUGAAGACCAGGACGAAUGUUGAUGCAUGACUUCUUUGGAUUAAACUCAUCGCAUAUAUGUAAAGAUGAGUGUUUCUAUUUGGUUAUUAUAUUUGUUAAUGAUAUAACGUGAAGAUAUUGUCAAUAAUUUGUAAUAUAAACACUUGAAUAAACAGUAUGUAAAUAUAUCUUGGUUUAAUUAAAUUAUUCAUAAUAUUUGUAUGUCAACUUCAACUAUUUAGAAGCAUGUUAUCUCCACAACUUUUACAGGACAACUGUUUCAAGCUGUUUCUUUUUCGUUGUCCAAAGCACCAUGUAAAUUAUUUUUGUAACUUAAUAUGACGACAGCUGCAGUUAAGUAACCGAACACGUUCAUUAUAAAAUUAAUUAGUCCAGUAACCGAACACGUUUAUUAUAUAAAUAAAUCAGUUCAGUAACCAC